GCCAGGGGGGUGGGACGCCGCCGGGGGUCAGGGCAGCAGGGGCGCGCCCUGCGGCGGGACGCGCGGGGACUGCGCCGCCUGCGAGAGCAGCGGCCCGAAGAGCAGCGACCCGAGGGCACCCGCGGCCACCGCCGCAGCAUCUGGCGCCUCGCUGCUGCUGGGUUUCCUCCUCCCGCCGCCGCCUCCUCCCACAGGCGGCGGCUGCUCCAGCGGCCGGGACUGGCCACGCCGCGCGCCGCCCCUGGCUCAGAAGCGGCCCCGGCAGCAGGGCGGCCGCGGCGAGCAGAGCAGCGCUCCCCCGCCGGCCCGGCCAGGAUGAUUGCCUGUGGAGCUCAGCACUGCUGUGCUGGCAGAGUCCAGAAGCUUUUACUGAAAUUCAAGAUUUCUCUAGCUAUCAUUUUACUUCACGUGUUUCUGGCUACCUCGGACAUAGCUCAGGAUGGUUUCCUAGGACAAUACAGAGCUGUUUUUAAGACUGCAUGUGAAGAUGUUUGGUCUCUGUCACCAGGAAUUCAUGUGCCUGCCCUGAAAGAAUUCACAGUCUGUGUGUACCUUAAGCUAGUGACUUCCAGUAAUCCCUGGACUGCUUUUGUAUACAAUAUAAAAAGACCUGGUAGCACUACCUCUGCAAAUGGGUAUGAACUUGGACUUAUAGGCGACCGUGACAAAUUGACAGUUUGGAUGUUUGGCACCCAAAUAAACUUAAUGGAGAAACUUAAUGUGGACACCUGGUACCAAGUGUGCAUAGAGUGGAGAAGUGAAGACAAGAAGAUGAAGCUAUUUAUAAAUGGAACAGAAAAAAGAAACCAAAAACUGGUUAAAAGAAAAGACCUUAUUGCAGAUGGGCAGAUUUUACUUGGCUGUUCACAAUCAUCAGCCACAUCUUCUGCCAUGGGUAUGGUUGGUGAGCUGUACAUGUUCAGAAUGUGGAAUGAAGCAGAUAAAAUAUCUGGCUGCAAAGAUGGUAAUAUUAUAGGCUGGAGAAAGAAAAAUUGGGUCUAUAAUCACACAUUAGAAGAAAGUAACACUUUGCCAUGUGCAAAUGAUGUAACUUCAAGAUCAUCAGUUGCAAAAACUUCAGUAUCCAUAUCUGAUACAACUUCAUUAGAAAAGACAAGCACUUCAGCAGAAUCCUCUAUUGUUACUUUUAUCACCUACCCCAUCAAUGCUUCAGCUACAAGUUCAGAUACAAGCACUGCAGACAGAACUUUAAAUGUGUUGCCAAAGCCAAACCAUACAGAAACUACUAAUAUCCCUGAAUUUAACUUCUCCACAACAGUAGAAUCCUCAAUCGUUACUUUUAUCACCUACCCCAUUAAUGCUUCAGAUACAACUUCACUAGAAAGAUCAAGUAACGAAGAUAGAACUAUAAGUGUAUGGCCGGAGCCAAACCAGACAGAAACUACUAAUAUCCCUGAAUUUAACUUCUCCACAACAGCAGGGAAAUUAUCUGCAAAUAUAACCUUCAAUGUAACUGAUAGUGUUACUCUACCAACUACUGCCAAUACGAAUGGUAUAAGUAGUUGUAAAAAUGAAACAAAACUAUCUGAUAACAACUUACAUAAUUUAUCAGCCAUCUGUAAUGAUUCAGUUUUCUACAUGGGCUCUGUAAAAUUUCAGUACAGUGAAAAAAGCAAUAACACUUCUGUAAGUGUUGAAAUAAUUGAUGAUGUAACCAGCAGCCAUAAAGUUACAAAAUUAAUUCCAUUUACCACACCUAAUCUACAAGAAUCAAAAAUUUCAGAAUUCAACAAAACAUUGCAAGAACAAAGUGAGUCUUCUGUUAUGGAGUGUGCUGCAGAAAACCAAAGUGUAUCAGUCUGCAAGUUUAUAAUAAAGCUGGCCAAGACUGUUAAUAUAAGUAGUUUAAUAGCACAUUUAAAAGACAGAGCAGAAAUACACCAAAUUGAACAGUGCUUCUGUUCAGCUCUGCAAUCUUGGCCAUCAGCUGCUGAAGAGUUACAAAUAUUGCAAUGUGAUGGACAAGACAGAGUUGUAUGUGCUGCCCCUAGCAAACUUGGCCCUCCAGCUUCUCCUGCUGCUGCUUCCAGUAAAAUUUCUAUUGACAUUCACCGUCAUGAUAUUCAUCCCCCCAAACAUACCACUGUUUUUUCUCCUCAUCUUUCAACCAAACCUAGUACUACAAAUCACCUUUUGACCAAACUUAUUGCUACGCAUUCCACCACACCUACCGCAAUUCCCCCUGCUACUCCUUCUCCUGCACACACCACUACAAUUCCUCCUGCUACAUCUUCUCCUACAAGUACCAUUACAAUUCCCCCUACUAUGCAUUUCACCACAUCUCUCACCAAAUCUACCACAAUUUCUCUUCCUACGUCUCCAACCAAACCUGCUACUGUAGUUCCUUCUGCCAUUUCUUCAACCAAACCUAUAACUGUGGCUCCUGCUCCUUCCACUGAACCUACUGUCCAGUCUCCUCCUGGUAUUCAUUCGACCACUGAUAGCCAAGCUACCGGGGCCAACGGUACAACAGGAAACAUUUUGGAUAAUCUGUCAAAUAUUACACAUACCACGAUUAAUCCCUCUGAAGUUGAGAGCAUAAUAUCCCACAUGGAAAGUGCUCUGUCAGCCCAGAAAAUAGAGCCAAAAGUUGCAAGAGAGAUGAUCAACACAAUUAGCAGUCUCCUAAAUGCUCCAUAUUCAUUACUAUCCCCAAUGUCUAAAAGAAUAAUAAAAAUAGUGGAUGCCAUUGGCUUAAAACUGAACUUUUCAACAGAAUCCAUUAAUUUUACUUCCCCGGCCUUGGCUCUAGCAGUCACCAAAGUCAACAGCAGCAACUUCAGCAAAAUGUCAUUCGCUGUCCAAGAUUCAUCAGAUCUUCAGAUUGCUCUAGGCACCCAAGCACCUAUAAAUAGCGUUGGAGCUAUUGCACUGCCUUCCUCAUUGCUAACAAACUUGUCUUCUGAAGAUAUGCCUCUGGCUUCUAGAAUUAUAUUCAACUUUUUCGAAAAGACAACUCCAUUUCAGGAUUCUUCACUCGAGAAUCUCUCUCUAAUCAGCAAUGUCAUAUCAUCAAGUGUAGCUAACCUCACACUUAGCGACUUGAAGGCAAAUGUUACUGUCACUCUAAAGAACACCAUGCCUACUCAGGAUAAUUUAAAAGUUAGAUGUGCAUUUUGGGACUUAAAUAAAAAUGCUGGCAAAGGAGGCUGGUCAUAUGAAGGAUGCAUGGUUAAAGAAAGGAGAGCAAAUGAAACCGUUUGUACAUGCAACCACCUCACAAGCUUUGGAGUUUUGCUGGACCUGUCUAGAAAUAUUACUUUACCACCCAUCCAGACACUGGUUCUGACUUUUAUCACCUAUAUCGGCUGUGGCCUUUCUGCAAUUUUUCUUUCUGUUACUCUUGUAACCUACAUAGCCUUUGAGAAAAUCCGGAGAGACUACCCUUCCAAAAUCCUUAUUCAGCUGUGUGCUGCAUUACUUCUACUCAACCUAGCUUUCCUCCUUGAUUCAUGGAUUGCUCUGUAUAACAUACGAGGCCUGUGCAUCACAGUUGCUGUAUUUCUUCAUUAUUUCCUCUUGGUUUCCUUCACUUGGAUGGGCCUGGAAGCAUUCCACAUGUAUCUUGCCCUUGUCAAAGUGUUUAAUACCUAUGUACGGAAAUACAUCCUUAAGUUUUGUAUCGUUGGCUGGGGUGUACCACUUUUAGUGGUAGGCAUUGUAUUGGCUAUAACACCAAAUAACUAUGGGCUUGGAUCAUAUGGAAAGUUUCCUAAUGGCUCACCAGAUGAAUUCUGCUGGAUCAACAAUAACAUUGUCUUCUAUAUUACUGUUGUGGGAUACUUCUGCAUGAUAUUCCUGUUGAACGUCAGCAUGUUUAUAGUGGUGCUGAUUCAGCUUUGUCGAAUCAAAAAGAAGAAACAACUUGGAACUCAGAGAAAAACCAGUAUUCAAGACCUCAGGAGUGUUGCAGGCCUCACAUUCUUAUUGGGAAUUACUUGGGGAUUUGCCUUUUUUGCAUGGGGGCCAGUAAAUCUGAUAUUUAUGUACCUCUUCGCCAUCUUUAACACGUUACAAGGAUUCUUCAUUUUUAUUUUCUACUGUGUGGCAAAGGAAAAUGUCCGCAAACAAUGGAGACUAUAUCUGUGUUGUGGAAAAUUCAGGCUGGCUGAAAAUUCUGAUUGGAGUAGAACUGCUACUAAUGGUUUAAAGAAGCUGACUGUAAACCAAGGAGUAUCCAGUUCUUCCAAUUCCUUACAAUCAAACAGUAACUCUACUAAUUCCACCACACUGCUAAUGAAUAAUGAUUAUUCAGUUCACGCAAAUGGGAAUGGUAAUGUCUCCAGUGAGAAGAACGGUGUUUCUUUCAGUGUACAGAAUGGCGAUGUGUGUCUUCAUGACUUUUCAGGAAAGCAACUCGUAUUUCAUGAGAAGGAUGAUGCAGACCACAAAAAAACCCGUGUCUCACUCAGAAGGACUUCAAAGAGGGGAAGCCUACAUUUUAUUAAGCAAAUAUGAUUUUUUUUUUCAAAGCACAUUGUUUUACAAAGUAAAACAUAGAUUUUUACUUUAACCAUUUUACAUAAUGUGAGAAGACCAGAAACUGAUCCUUAUUUAAUAGACGGUACUGGGGCCCUGAGGCAGUCAUAUAUUGGGUUGAUAAGGAGAGUUAUAAUUUUUAAAAAAAUCAUUGCUACUAUUUGUCAAGGUACUUCAAAUACUACAUCACAACUGGUACAAUUUCCAAUUUGAUUUUCCAUUCUUCCUUUUUUCCCCCCAAGGUUUAGUUUUAGACUCUUAUUUUGUCAGUAUAACUACAAUUAGUAUAUCUGAAUACAAUACACAGUAUUGUAAAUGUAAAUGUAGGUAACUACAAGUUACACUUAAACAAGAUUAAUUUAUCUUUCAAAACGUUAUUUUCAUUGUCUACUACAACAUUUUUAAAAUUAUAGUUGCAGAUUUUAUAGCAUUGUAAAUAAGCUAAAUAAUAUCCACCUUUAAGCAUUUUAUGGUAUUUUUUAUAUUUAUUUCUUGUAAAAUAAAUUUAAAAAUAUUCCUUUGUAUAGAAAAAUUGAUGUUUUGUUUUAACUUUAUUGUUAGAAUGUAGAUAAAGUUGAUUUCAAUUAACUUCUGAAGAUCCUACAUUAUAUAUUCAUAGGUAAUUUGUUCAAUAUGUGAAAUAACUUACAGUGGUUACAGUGUGAAGAUGUUUACAAGACACAGAACUGUAAAUAUGAACACUAUCACUAUAGAACCACUGACUGGGACCCAGGAAUACAGUGCGUGAGUGUCUUUUCAAGGGCUAAAACUCAGCAGGAGGAAGUGAUUUAUAAAGUAGGCAAUAGGCUACUAGCUAUAUACUUGAAGUGAAAUCCUGGCCCCAUUGAAGUCAAUGGGAGUUUUGCCAUUGAUUUCAGUGGGGACACUAUUUCACUCCUAGUGGUUGUAACAGAGAUAAAUAAACGGCCAGUUCUCAACUGCAAUAUUUAGAGAAAGAUGAUUAUCAUUUAAAAGACAGUAGCUGUUAUUAUUUAGUAGCCAAGACAAGUGUUUGUUUGGUUAUUAAAUUUGAUAAAAGAUCAAUUUCUCUCACAUCCUGAGCUAUAAUGCAGGUUUCUAUUUGUUGUUGGUCUAUGCUGACAGUCAAAUCCUGAGGUCCUUACUCAGUGUUUACUUGUUACCUACUCAGCUAAAACUUCUAAUGAUCUUCAGCAAGCGUUUAUGAGGAGAGACUAAAAAGACUGGGACUUUUAAGCUUGGAAAAGAGAUGACUAAGCGGAGAUAUGAUAGGUCUAUAAGAUUGUAAAUGGUGUGGAAAAAGUGAAUAAGGAAGUGUUAUUUACUCCUUCACGUAACAUAAGAACCAGGGGUCAUCCAAUGAAAUUGAUAGGCAGCAGGUUUAAAACAAACAACAGGACACAAUGCAGAGUCAACUUGUGGAACUCAUUGCCAGGGAAUGUUGUGAAGAUCAGAAGUAUAACGGGGUUCAAAAGAGAAUUAGAUGAGUUCAUUGAGGACAGGUCCAUCAAUGGCUAUUAGCUGAGAUGGUCAGGGACACAACCCCAUGCUUUGGGUGUUUGUAAAUCUCUAGCUUCCAGAAGCUGCAUCUGGAUGAUGGGAUGGAUCACUUGAUAAAGUACCCUGUUCUUUUCAUUCCCUCUGAAGCCUCUGGAACUGGCCAUUGUCAGAAGACAUGAUGCUGGGCAAGACAGACCAUUGGUCUGACCCAGUAUGGCCAUGAUUCUGUUCUUAUGUUUGCCUGAAUAAGGACAGCCGGAUUUGGCGCUAUAUGCAUAAUAUCUCAUACUAGAUAGAGAAUGCCUCAUUCCUCCUUAUGUUCUUGCACAAGGGCUAGGUAUAGCUGGAGUCCUUGGGUCCAGGAGUGCAAAGACUGCUACCAGCUAGUACCCACAGUAGUACCAGCCCCUCUGAAGGAGAUUACUAGGGGGCUGGGUUAUGCUGGCUCUCUACAGGGGAGGAACAAAUGUUGUACUUCCUUUGAGGUUGGUGCACUUCCAGCAUUCCCUGAGGAACCCUGGAAACACUGUUCUAGAGUGGUGAGCAUAGGUACUGCCUCCUAGUUUGGACUCUGAUGCAAUGCAACAAUUUGAACUCUUAACAUUCUCACAAAUGUCAAAUCCUUCUGUGUUGUUACAAUACAUGGAUUCUGUUUGUCACCUAAUUCUGAGACUGCCCUGAGCACAUUUGUGUAGGGACAAUUUAAAACAUUUGUUCUGUUUACCCACAAGGGUUGUAACUGCAUGUGAACCACGUGUAAGAAUGAUCAUGGUACUACCACACAAACACUAAUAAUCUAGGCAUACAUUUCUGUGAACGCUUUAACUAUUUGGCUUAGGGGCCUUUACACUGUUUCUUAUAAUACAAGAAAAUUAAAUUUAAUAUUUUCAAAUGUAAAAAUAAAUAAAUUUGUAGUAAGUAAUGGG